CAGAUCAAAACUUCGCGCAAGUAUCAAGUUUGGUCCACUUGGAUGGAACUGCAGGAGCCCAAGUAUGCAGAGUUCCUAUGUACCCCUCCGGGAACCCCAACAUCUGAGCUCCUUGCCAGUACUUCGUCCGAUCACCUACCUAUAUGUAUGCCGAUACAACAAGCGCGGAAAGGGACUACUGGGAGUUCUUCUUUGAACUCAAGCAACCGCAUACUCUUCGACCCCAGGAAGCGCGGUCAUAUUGAGAAAGGUGGGCCAGCAGGAAGCCCGAUUCAUGGCUCUGGCCCAAAGGAUGCUUUACACACCCAAUUGCGCCCGCGAUAUUAUAGCACGAUAUUAAAGGUUUCUGACUGCGGAAAACUAAGUUCUAGUGAAGGAGUGAGCUCUUUUGCGCGACAAAAGAGGCCGAUGCGCAUGCAUUGCUUAGAUGAAAGGGGAUACCGACAAGGGAACAACACCAGGUUGAAUAGUCUAUCUACAGAAAAGAUUCCUAUCAAAGAGCUGAGUAAUUGGGAGAUACAGUUCAUAGAUGGGCUGGACCGGAAACUCGAAUGGCUCUACAACCAGCUCAGCCCGGGUCGGAGACCGUAUCAUUUUGCCAUGCUUGCAAACCACUGGCUCAAUAGAGAGACCUGGGUUGUGAUUGACCCACCUACGAGGAUUUCUAUUGACGCUAGACGGCAGUUGGGGGAUCCAAGAUUCAAUGUGCCAUAUCCCGAACCCGACUGGACCCCGAAACCGAAGUACCCGAAAAUGCUACGCAAAACAGCCUGUACCCCUAGAAUUGACUCCUGGAGGGUGGCUGUUAACCGGAACAGAGAGAUAUCCGGGCCACGCGAUAUUGUCAAGGUAUGCCAACUCUAUGAUGACGCGGCGGAUGAUCCACCGGAUGGUAAGGUUGACCCGUCGUGCUGGAUUCUCCGUAAACCACCUCAAGGCAUUCAUAUGUCAACUCGACAAAAGCAGGUAUAUUACGAAGGGGGUGCAGGGUGGCAAGAGACGCUUGAUGAUUGGCAAAGGGUCCGGCGUGGUUAUCGCAUCCGGAAAGCAAUCCAUGAAGGCAGGGUCAACAGAACAAGAGCCAAAGAGAUCGCAACAGGUAUCAGUAGAUAUUACCGUAUGGUGGCGGCGAAAGGUUCUUGA